UCUAGCCAACUUUUAAUCAAUUUCAAGCCAAAUUUUGUUCAAUUUCACUCAUUUUUUUCAUUUUUCAAGAUGACAGAUUAUUGGAAAUCUUAUUCUAAAAAGUUUUGCGAGAUUUGCAAGGUUUGGUAUGCCGACAACAAAAUAAGCUCGGAAAGGCAUGAAACUGGGGCCAAACAUAAAGUUAUGGUGCAACAAAGAUUGAGGGAAAGUGCUAAAAAGGCGAAGGAUAAAGAGCUUAAGGAUCACGAUUUAAGAAUGACUAUUUUAUCAAUGGAACAAGCAGCUAAAUCGAGUAUGUCUUCAAAAGGUCAAAAAAGUGUGCCUAGUAUGCCUGAAGAGUUUAAUGAAGGAAUUGUCUCUUCUUGCUCUGCACAAUCUUUAGAAAAAGCAGAUUUGAGGGAAGAAAUACGAGAACAAAAACGAAAGUUGGAUGAAUUAAAGAAAAGUGCAAAACAAUCCCAAUUUUGGGUCGAUGACCAACCCGAAGAGGAAGAAAAGAUAGAAAGUGAUGAAGUUGAUGGUAUUCUUUGCUGGGUUCAGGGAGAAUCGGCGACUGGAUUGCGUAAUUACUGGCAUAUAUUUUCUGGAGGUUUUAUUUUAUAUUUUAAAUGUCCUUAGA